AGUCAAGGGAAUUGAGUUUUGUGUUAGAAGUGAUAAAGGCAAAGAAAGGCAUGUUUCUCCUUGAAUUAUGUUGAUAAAUAAUCAGAAAUAACUGUAGAAACACUGCAAAUUGGCCUACUAGGCGUUUCCGGCUAAAUUAGUUACAUAGCUAAAUAAGUCUACAAAACACAUUCUGAAGCUAAAGUCACCUACAUGUGAGCUUGACUAAAGUGUGAAGUGGAAACAAGUCACCAAAGAAAAAAGAGUUUGCCACUCACCCGCUCCUUACGCGUAUGAUUCAGUACGGAAGCCCAGAUGGGUGAAGCGAGGAAACCGAAGCGGGGAAACUGAAACUGCAAGCGGGGGACAAUGGCGGCGGGGCCUGGUGUUUCUAUGCAGAGCAGUAGUCCUGCGAGAGAACUGUCUCUCUCGGUUCAGCAAGGAGGGAAUCAGGCUCAUGGAGAUCGGAUCAAACCCGAAGAGGUUACAGAGACGGAGAGGCAGAGCCGCAUGGCUGUUUUGCUGGAGAGGCUCCAUGCCAAACACAAUGCUUCACGGCCAUGGCAGGAAACCUGCAAGGUUGUGCGUCAGGCCAUGGAGAAACGUGGUGUGAUGAAUGCCGCGGGUCACCAGCUCCUGCUCACAUGCUUGGAGACCCUGCAGAGAGCGCUGAAAGUCUCAUCUCUGCCCUCCAUGACAGAUCGUCUGGAAUCCAUCGCACGGCAAAACAUGCUGGGCUCUCACCUCAGCCCUUCAGGGACAGAGUGUUACAUCACAUCAGACAUGUUUUAUGUGGAGGUGCAACUGGACACCAGUGGCCAGCUAGUGGACGUCAAAGUGGCUCAUCAGGGAGAAAACCCUACGAGUUGUCCUGAGCUGAUUCAGCAUCUAAGGGAGAAGAACUUUGAAGAGUUUUCCAAACAUCUGAAGGGACUGGUCGACCUAUACAAGCUCCCUGGGGACAAUAAGCUGAAAACCAAGAUGUAUAUAGCACUGCAGUCUUUGGAGCUUGAUCUCACCAAGAUGAUGCACAUGUUUAGGUUAGCAACCAAUGCUAAUACAGUGGAGACUAUUCUUCAUGGCAGUGUGGGCUUGCUGACAGCCAGGAGUGGUGGCCAUCUUGUUUCUCUUCAGUGUUACGUGUCCCCUUAUGACAUAUUUGAGGAGGGAACAGGCACCCAGCUCAACUUAACAGACAGCAAUGUUCCACGCUCUCUGGGUGUCAGUGUUUCUGUGACAAUCGAGGGAACCUCUGCCAUCUACAAGCUCCCAAUCGCUCCACUCAUCACUGGAUCCCACCCAGUGGACAACAAGGGCACACCUUCCUUUUCUGCUGUUACCAACUCCAACUGUGUGGACCUGCCAGCUUGUUUUUUCCUCAAGAUGAACCGCCCCAUGCCUUUCUCACUGUCCUUUAUUCAGAGGAUGGGCAAUGCUACUUCGAUCCCAGUGUUUGAGAGCUCCCCUAGCCUCUCACCUCUCUACCAGUUAAUUGUUCAGAGCCAGCGCCAGCACCUGGAGGAGGGCAGCUCCACGCCGCAGCCCUCACACAACAUGCACUUCUACUCUGUGUUGCCAGAUCAGCAGCACUGUUACUUUGUGAAUGGUGAUGCCCCAGUGCAAGACGGUCGUUCUCUUCAAGGAGCACUGGUGUCCAAGAUCCCCUUCCGCCACCCUGCACAAGUGCCACUCUUGUUGGAUAUCAUCCGACACCAGGCAGCCUAUAACACCUUGAUUGGCAGCUGUGUGAAACAAACUUCCAUCAAAGAAGACAGUGCAGGCCUGCUGCAGUUUGAGGUAUGUCCUCUUACUGACUCGAGUUUCAGCGUCUCUUUCCAGCAUCCAGUCAAUGAGUCAUUAGUCUGUGUGGUAAUGGAGGUGAUUGACUCCAGACAGGUAUCCUGCAAGCUAUAUAAAGGACUGUCAGAUGCUCUGAUCUGCACUGAUGAAUUUAUCACCAAAGUGGUCCAGAGAUGCAUGUCCAUCCCUGUAACCAUGCGGGCCAUUCGGAGGAAAGCAGAGACCAUCCAGGCAGACACUCCAGCCCUCUCACUAAUUGCACAGACAGUGGAGAUCAUGGUGAAGAAUAACCUGCCACCGUCCGGUAGUCCCACCUACAACAUGGUAACAGAUGGAACUAACCCUAUGGGACUGCCUGGGCUCACAGGGGGCAACACACCUACUGGAGGAGGACCCACUGGGGGACCUAAUUUUACAGGCCCAAUUACUUCUCUGUUUGGGAUUUCCCGAACAGAGAGGCAAGGCCAAGGAGCAGAGUGCCCAACCCAAGGAGGGGUGGCUUGCCAGCAACAGUUGCAGCAACAACAUCAGCAACAACAGCCUGGGCAAGGCCAUUUGGAUGACUAUAACAAAGUCACCCAGAAUCCCAUACUGACAAGUCUAUUACAGAUAACUGGAAGUGUGGGUUCUAGUCCCAGCUCCCAGAAUGCACCACCGCCUCACCAAACCCCACCCCCAACAUCCUCCCCUGCCAGCAACACCAAGAAUCAUCCUAUGUUGAUGAACUUGUUGAAAGACAACCCCACACAAGAUUUUGCAGCACUGUAUGGUUCUAGUCCAUUAGAGAGGCAGAAUUCUUCAUCUGGCUCCCCGCGGACAGAUGGCAUGGGUGGAACCUGCCCUGGAGGUACCUCAAAAGGGAAGAAGAAGCGCCCACGGGGGACAGACAAGGGUAGUAUGUUGCCCGGAACUGCUGCAGGUAGUGGUUUAGGCAUGAAAUCACAACAAGCAUCUUCCAUGCCGCAGCACCACCAGCACCAUCCAGUUACACAUGAAGAUGACUUCCACCGUGAGCUCCUCUCUAUGGAUGUGGAUGCAUCUCAAAAUUCUAUCUUUGAUGUUAACCUGACUGGUGAUGGCCUAGACACACCCCAUAGCAUCACUCCAGCACCUAGCCAAUGUGGAACACCGCCCUCUGGCCCCAGCAUGCCUUAUUCACAGUCUCAUGUCCAGUCUCAGCAACAGCAACCACCAGGUACUGUGCCGCCUCGUAUGGUCCGUCUCUCUAGCUCUGAUAGCAUCGGACCUGAUAUCACAGAAAUUUUGUCAGAUUUGCCCGAGCAGACAGGAAAAGGCAGCUGUGGGAGCCAUGGUCAGCACCCCAUGGGCAGUGGUGGGGAGGAUGGAGGCCCCCUAGGUACACCCAUCCGUGACUCCUCCAGCUCAGGUCAGGGCAGUGCAGUGUUUGACUCGGCAGACAUUUUCAAUACCAACAGCAAUGAGAAUCCUUUUACUGAUGCUGCUGACCUGAUUGCUGAGGCUGCUGCAACUGCCGCCACUCCCACCAGCGAUUCUUCUUCCACCAACUUCUUCCCUGAUGCUGCUGACUUCAACCCUGACCUCCUGACCUCAGGCCAUGGCUUCUCCCAGAACUACUUUGAUGACAGCUCUCCAAGUGCCGAUGGAGACAUGGACCUGGUCAAGGGUUUUGGGGGAAGUAGCCAGCAGAAUACCCCGUCAGGAACACCUCAGAAUCCCACUCCACAUGGGCAGAGCACCCCAGAGCCCUCACUGAAGGACCCUUUUGAUAUGGGGAUAGUUUUUGGAGGAAACAGUGGUGGUGGUAAACCGCUUCUGGGGCAAGCUCCUGAUCUGGGAGACACACAUGGUGGAGAGUCCCAGAGCCCCCUCAUAAUGGGCCUCGGAGCGGCAUGUGGUGACUUUAAAAGUGCAGAACCCAAAGUUAAACAGCAACAGGGACUCAUGCGGCCGAAGGAUGAGAAUGGGGGUAGCGGAGGGAGCAGUUCUGGGAUGGGGAUGGGGAGCAGUUCAACUGAGGGCAAACAGGUCAAACGUAGCAGGACCCCAUCCAGUGAGGGAAAGUCUAAAGAAAAGCCUCCCAAACGCAAAAAGCUGGACCCUGAUGGGAAGUCCCCCUCUCACAGCUCAGGGGUGCGACCAUACACACCUCCUAGUGGUGGCUCAGGCUCUGGAGGAAGCAUAAGUGGAGGAGGCUCGAAGUCUCCUGGUAGUUCAGGACGCUCACAAACUCCUCCCGGUGGUGCCACACCUCCUAUUCCCAAAAUCACUAUUCAGAUCGCCAAAGGGACCAUAACUGGGGGGAAAACGUCAUCCCAUAGUGGAUACACCUCCAGCAGCUCAGCCACAAGCAACACAGGAGGAGCAGGGGGAACAAGCAGCAGCAAAAGCCAUCAUUCUCACUCAUCUUCCUCUGGGAAGAUCAAGUCCAAGGAAAGCUCCACGACACAAGGCAACAGCUCCAAGCCAGGGAGUGCAGGAAUGGGGGGGGGAGGUGGGACAUCCCAGUCUAAAGGCUCCUCCCAAGGAAUGGGUGUUGGCAAACCAGGAUCCUCCCCAAUCACCAAACAUGGGAUGUCAGGCCCUGGAGGUAGUGGGGGUGGAAUUGGAAGUGGUAAUAAAAUUAAGCCUCAGGGGGGGAAGCCUCCUGGGUCUCUUAUGAAUCCCAACAUAAAGCCCAAUAUCUCCCCUUCUCACUCCCGCUCCAGUAGCUCUGGUGACAAAUUGUCCUCCCCUAUGAAAAUGCAGCAGUCCCAGGUUCCAGGAACACCUCCUUCUUCCAAGGCUAAAUCGCCAAUGGGCUCAGGAGGUGGCAGCUCUGGAGGGUCCAAGUCUUCUUCUUCUGGUGGAGGCAUGAGCUCCCAGAAACCAAUGGGUGGGAGCUCCUCCUCUGGUACCACAUCUUCCUCAUCAUCCUCCAGCUCCUCCUUGUCCUCUGGUUCCAUGACCUUCUCAGGAGGCUGCCAGUCUCAGUAUGGUGGAGGUGGAAGUGGAGGGGGGGCAGGAGGAGGAAGUGGAAGUGGAGGCGGUGGUGGUGGGGGAGGAGGUGGAGGUAGUGGGGGUGGUCAGAACAAUGCAAAUAACCCCAAUGCCAAAGGAAAGUCUCCCAGUCGAAACAAGAAACCCUCUCUUACGGCAGUCAUAGACAAACUGAAGAGUGUAGGUGGAGGAGGAGUGGGGGAGGAUGGUUGUGAGGUAGGGCCACCAGUAGGGGGAACUAGUUCGGGAUCUGCUCCCGGUGGUGGUGGUUCUGGAAAUGUUCCCAGCAGUGGAUCUUCAAACAUGGGUCCUUCCAAGCAUGCCUCGUCCUCCCAAAGUGGGGACUAUAAGCGGGAAAAGUCUGAUAAAGAGGCAAAAGCAAAAGUGUCUGUUUCAGGGGGGAACAGUGGGGAUAAAAAGCUGAUGGACCCCAAAACAGGAGGGGCAAGUGCGACUGGUCUGGCCAAAAUUAUCAUUAGUAAACCUGAUGGUGGCUCACCAAGCAUCAAGGCCAAAGUGACCCUUCAGAAGGCAGGGGAAGGAUCUGGUGACUCUAUGCGUCCCCAAAUUUCUAGCCUUAAAGCUUCCCCACUUUUCAGUGGCUCUACUCCCAAGCAUGACCGCUCCUCCCCGAGCCACAGCCGCUCGCCAGGAUACACCCCACUCAACCACGACAGUGAGAGCGAGUCAGGCAGCAGCUCAGUGGCCGAAAAGUCCCAUCAGAACAGCCCCAGCUCAGAUGAUGACCAGACCAUUCGCCCGCUUCCCCCUCAGGACUACAUGAGCUCCAUUCCCCUCAGCUCAGGGGAGAAGCACAAGAAACACAAAAAGGAGAAGAAGAAGCAGAAAGAGAGGGAACGGGAGAGGGACAGGGAACGGGACAGGGACAAAGAGAAAAAGAAGUCCUCUAUGUCCAUGGGGCCGUCCUCACAUCCCAUAAAAGCAGACAGUUGGUCCCGGUCACCCAUCUCAGCUUCAGAUUCAUCUUUGUCCAUGCUGGGUUCAGAGCGUCCAUCCCGGCCCAGUCCAAUGUAUAUGAGAAAUGAAGAUGAUGACCUAAUGGACUCAGCCCUCACUGGCAACCUUUAAUUUUAUUUAGAAAUCCUCUUUAUUUUCUCAUAUGUUUUUAACACAUGCCUUUUAACAUACAAAUUAAACUUCUAUUUAUUUAACUCGAGCCACAAAUUGGAACUGGAUGCAAGAAUAUUGUGGCACUCUGAGUGAUCAUUGUCCUGUUAAACAUGUAUUUUAAUUUCAUAUUUUACUGUUUGAGUACCAGCGUAUAAUAUCCAGGGAUUGGGAUGCCAGUUUUAUAUGAAAGUGGUUCAUUGUCAUCCAAAUUCACCCCAGAAUACCAACUUCCUUAAGCGUCAUUAAGGAAAUGGCUUUAUACAAUAUAUUUUCAGAGAAAUUGACAUUAUUUUUGUCUUUCCUGUGAUGUCAGAAGGUCUUUACUGGUCUUUAAUGUUAUUUCAUUUUCCUUUCACAUUUAAUACAUCUGCUGCUGUUCAUAUGUCGUUAAAAACAUACCGGAUUGCCACUAUAUUGUAUGUUGUCAAAAUAAUUAUGACAUCUGUUAAAAAAACAAAGUAAUGUAAAGCAAGAAGGGUACAGUGUUCAGUUGCCUUGUUUUUCAGAUACAAGUGUGACUUUUUAGAUUUUGAUACAUUUUAAACUGUUGAUGUGUAAAGUAGUGUUGGUAAAGAGGACUGCAACUGAUGAUGGUUAUGGUAAUGGAGAAAAAGUGACAUGCUGAUAAUUUUUUAACUGUAGAAGUUUGUGGAAGCUUGAAAUAAACAUUUCACUUCUGGAAAA